CUUCAAUCUCAUUGUCUCGCGGGAACAGGACCGAGGACUAUUGGUUCCGCUUUGCAGUAGUCAAGCUGGACGUGAUGCUGAGAGGGUCGGCUCGGGCCUCGCAACCGACAGUUGGCUCGUCAUUACGCAGAGGAGCCGGAGCCAGGUGUAUAAUGAUGAAGAACUGGGGUAUGAUUGGUGGCAUCGCUGCAGCCCUUGCAGCUGGAAUUUAUGUCCUAUGGGGUCCAAUCACAGACAGAAAGAAACGCAAAAAAGGACUGGUGCCUGGGUUACUUAAUUUGGGGAACACUUGCUUCAUGAAUUCCUUGCUACAAAGUCUGUCUGCUUGUCCUUCUUUUAUUCACUGGCUUGAGGAGUUCACAUCACAGUACCAGCUUGAACAGAAAGACACGACACCUCGAUAUCUGUCUGCUACACUGCUGCAGCUUUUAAAAGCUUUAUCUAACCAGGAAACUGUCGAGGAGGAGUUGUUAGAUGCCAGUGCUCUCCUUGAUGUUCUUCGGACAUACAGGUGGCAGAUUUCUUCUUUUGAAGAGCAGGAUGCACAUGAAUUAUUUCACGUGUUGACAUCAUCAUUAGAGGAUGAAAGAGAUCGUCAUCCACUUGUAACACACCUCUUUGACAUCCAAGCUUUGGAGGUCCCCCAGGUUUGUGAGCAGGAGAUUCAAUGCAGAACAAAAGGGGUGAUAAACCCCAUCCCUAGACAAUGGAAAACUCAGCACCCUUUCCAUGGAAGAUUGACUAGUAUUAUGGUUUGCAAGAACUGUCAGCAUCAGAGUCCUAUGCGAUAUGACACCUUUGACAGCCUGUCGUUGAGUAUACCUUCUGCCGUAUGGGGUCGUGUUUUGACACUGGACCACUGCCUACAACACUUCAUCUCCACAGAGAGUGUUAAAGAUGUUGUCUGCGAAAAUUGUACCAAAUUACAAGCUCAAGAGAGACCAAAUGGGCAGCUCACAGAAGAUCAGAAAACUACUUUUGUUAAACAGUUGAAAUUAGGAAAGCUUCCUCAGUGUUUGUGCAUCCACUUGCAGCGUCUGAGCUGGUCUAAUCAGGGAAGCCCACUGAAACGCAAUGAACAUGUCCAGUUUAGUGAGUUUUUGGCUUUGGACAGAUAUAAGUAUCGGAUUGCCGGCAGUACCCAUAGCAGAAAAGUUCCACCAACAAUAGAUGGAUCAUCAGUUUCUGAUGGUCAUCAAAAUGCCAGGGUUCAGUUGCUGAAUGGAACAUGUUCUACUUCACUAUUGUCACCUCCGUACACAAACUCUAGGUCUCCUGCAGACUGCAUUUCUUCCUCAUAUCUCUUUCGUCUGAUGGCAGUCAUUGUUCAUCAUGGUGACAUGCAUUCAGGACAUUUUGUUACUUAUCGACGUUCCCCUCCUGCAGCCAAGAGCCAAACGCUUUCCAGCCAGCAGUGGUUGUGGAUUUCAGAUGACUCAGUGCGCAGAGCGAACAUACAGGAAGUUCUUUCAUCUUGUGCUUAUUUACUGUUCUAUGAACGUGUGUUUCCAAAGCCUCGUAAUCCAGGACAUGAGGCCAGAGCAGAGGAAUGAAAAGAGCAAAGGAGACACAGCUCUGUCUUGGAUUUUAUUUAUAUGCUUCCAUUGCGAAAAGAUUCAAAUGCCAAGCCUUACAAUGCAGAGGAACAGAUUUCUAACCUAUACUUCUGGA